UCAGUCAACUGAGUACAGAGGGCCAAUCCCAACUAUUAAGAGAGGAGGAUGAAAGCUCCAUCAAUGAGGUACUUGGGUGGGUUGGAAUGGUGUCCAGACACAGUGGCAAAAUAAAUAAAUGGCCUGGUUUUCAAGAGGAGCAGAACAGAGGUCCAGACGGUCAUGUUACUCCAUACACAGAAAACACAUCUCGCAUUCAGUCAGAAAUAAAAGCAAAACUAUCAACCAUGCUUAGGAUGGGUCUGCCUGGUUGUCCACUCGAUGACAAGCAAGACAACAUAAAUGUAAGCUGUUCUGCACGAAAUUCUGGACUAAACUUUACAACAGAAGAAUUUGAAGAAAAUUCAUUUCUUUCUAUGAUGGAAAGAGAGAGAGAGCGAAUAUACCAGGGAGAAGUGUCACAAAAUCGACUUUCCAGACUGUUGUCUUUUUGGGAGAGUGGGAGCAAAGGGCCAGAUGUACUGGAUUGUAAAAAAAUUGAGACCAGUGAUGACAAAGUAGCAGGUCAAAAAUUACCAAAGGUAGUGUUUAACUUAAGCCCAUCAAAAGCAGAGAAAUCUAAAUAUACAAAUAUUUGUGAUUCAUCUUUUGACACUGGUCAGCUACCAACUAAACAAAUAGGUGAUGUUCCUGUAUACAAACUAAAGGAAAGUUAUUCUCCUGUUCUGUCGGUCAGAAAGUCUAUAACUGAGCAGGAUACCAUCAAUGAUCCCAAGACAUGCUGGGAGAGAGAAAAAAGUAUUCCUAAGAUCAUUAUCAGCACUCCUGACUGUAGGCCAAAAUGUUAUUCUCAAGAACGUUUCAAAAUUUCUACCAGCCCAAAUCUAGUGGAAAUUCCUGAGACAAGUAUUUCCUCUAUAAACAGAGAACUUGGCGAGAUAAAGGCUUCAUCAAAAGGAAAACUGAAGGAAAGUUCCAAAGGAGACCUAGUUAAUAGUCCUGUAGAUGACACAGAUAGGACGCCUUACAACAGAUCUCCAUUUAGGACACGCAUGUUAGGUUCAGGUAAAAGUAUUAAGUGUAAUCCAGUAUCACACCCCAUCAGAAAUCUCACUUCAGUUUCAAAGGAUCACAGUGACCAGUCAACGGGUGACCCGACGACAAUCCUAGAGCAGUCCAGAAUACUCAGUACAAGACACAUGACUAAAGUGUUGUCUGGAGAUUUACAGCCAGUCAAGGAGUCUAGACAGAGUGGGUACCCACUGAGAGCCUUUAGUUUAGAUAUCAGUCCAACUGAAAAGACACCCUUGAAAGGUUUGGAACACAUACCCAGAGGACAGCACACCAGGUAUCCACAUGAACUGUCAAGUCCAGGGAAAGAUGGCAUAUUGCUGGCUGAGACACCAGAGCAGCAUCUCUUGUCUUUUGCAGGAAAUACAUCUGAGAGAAUCAUAGAGUACCAGCGUACAUCUCCACACUCUUCACCAUGUUUUGGAAGGUCAGAGGCUCGAGGAACUGUUUGCAUAGGCAACAUCAAUAGUAAACAAGUCAAUUUCUUGCCUGUUUCACAAGGUCAAACCUCUGUACAGCUGAUAACAUCACCUGUGAAAAAUCAAAAGACCACCAAUAAACGAUCAGUUAAAGGUAUCGAGGAUGCGAUUCCAGUUGUGCUCACACAACAAAUGCAGCUGGAUGACUUGCAGCACAAAACGUUUCUAACUAGGUCUGAACUGAACUGUCAGCAUCACUCAAAUGUAGCUGAUUCCACACAUGUAUCUGAGGUUUCACACCAACCAGACCAGCAAGAAUGGGCUGGAGUACAGAUGUGCAAGAGAUCUGAGCACAUUUCAAACUCUCUACAAUCCCAGGCUCAGUCAGAGGUCACCCUCUCCAGCAGCAGAUCAACUGAAGCCUGUGGCAGUGAGGCGCCAAGUCCAGUAAGAACAGCACAAAAACAAACCAUAAGACCUCUUUCUAUUUCCAAGAGUUUAGAGGACCUGGCAACCCUACCCUCAAAAGAUGAAAGAUGGAAAAAUGAACAAAGGAGUGGCAUAAUACACACGGUGGAGGAAGCUCCAGAUUCACUCAGCAUUGCUGUCCUGGAUCCAGAGCAGAGUAAGAGGCUGAGUGUCUCAGUACCUGCUUUCACGCACGAGCAGGAUAACAGCAAAGAAAGUGACUGUCUCUCAGUAAACAGUUUCUAUUCUGAAAGGCAGAGGAAAAGCAGCACAAAUACUAACGCAAGUGCUUCCUCUGGUCUCGCCUCCAUGUCUCCUGUCAGUGGCAGUGUCACAAACAUUUACAGCACAGACUUCGGACAUGUGGAAGUUAAGGGAACCAUCCAGUUUGCCAUUAACUAUGUGAAUAAACUGGGAGAGCUCCACAUAUUUAUAGUCCAGUGCAGAGAUUUGGCUGCGGCAGAACCUAAGAGGAACCGUUCUGACCCGUAUGUUAAAUGCUAUCUUUUACCUGACAAAGCAAAGCUGGGGAAGAGGAAAACCUCUGUGAAGAAGAAGACUCUUAAUCCUACUUAUAACGAAAUCUUACGGUAUAAGAUACCACUUGAGAGCUUAAAGGUCCACACAUUAAACAUCUCUGUGUGGCAUAAUGACAUGUUUGGGAGGAACAGUUUUCUUGGGGAGGUCAAUGUGGAUUUGUCUGAGUGGGACAAUAACACACACAUGAUGGACCGCACCCUCAAAGGAAGGACUGUAACACCAUUCAGUCCAAAGCACGUUAACCUCGACAUGGAUGUGUGUGGAGAUAUGAGGAUAUCUUUGCGUUUCCUUCUGAAGACAUCUGAAGGUGACAAGACACCACGGACGGGUGAGAUUCAAGUCUGGGUAAAGGAAUGUACGAAACUACAAUCCGUAAGAAGGAGUAUGGAUCCGUUUGUGAAAUGCUCAAUUCUUCCAGUCAGCCAUGAGAAAAAAAGGCAGAAAACUCGGGUUGUAAAGAGGACGGCAAACCCUGUUUUCAACCACACCAUGGUCUAUGAAGGCCUUAGACCAGAAGACCUGAGAGAAACAUGUGUUGAACUCACAGUGUGGGAUCAUGAUCGGCUCAGUAAUCACUUCAUAGGAGGCACAAGGCUUAACCUUGGAACAGGUAAAAGUCACAACACUGACGUAAAAUGGAUGGAUUCUAACGCUGCUGAAUCUGCAUUGUGGAGAAGAAUGAUUGAAUCAACGAAUGAAUGGGUUGAAGAAACCUUGCCUUUAAGGAUGCUCAUCAUGGCAAGAUAGGAACGCUCCAUGUGUUUGGCUCAACAAAAGACGUGUGAAAAAUCUUAUAGAACAUCAAUUUGGAGGAUGUGGUACACGCUGCUAAAUAUACAUGCCUUCAUUUGAGGUCAUGUGAAUAGAACAAGGAGUAUUGAAAAUACUGUAUGUUUUACCUCUUGUUGUAUAUAAAUGUAUAUCUAAUAUUUUUUCAUUAACAAAUUAAAUAAAUUGUGCAUAUGAUUUAGUGUGUCAGGAAAUGCAGCAGAGAGUUGGACAGUUUUUUAACUAAGUAACAGCAUAUUCUAAAUUAGUCUUAUGUCAUAGUCUUAUGUACAGUAUGUGCUUUUUUGUUUUUUUUAUUUACCCUAAUUAACAACCCUAUUCCAGCAUCAUGUUUUCCCUAACAAACCAAUUUCAACUUUAUAAUCCUUUUUAGCUGAUUGUGUGAAUGUGAUGGAAAACACUAAAAUAUGUAACACAGAAGUAUAAAAAUAUGUAUUAUGUACAUGUAUUAUAGAGAUAUUCCUCGGUUGGCAAAGAAGCUGUUACUGCAUUUCAUAUUUGAAACUAAAUGUUUGAGUCAGAGCACUAUAUUUAAAAUAGCUCUGCAGAUGAUGUACAGAUGAUCAUUUUAUUAAAGCAUUUUGAAUAAAUAUUAAAUGUACAGUGACAUUAAGAUAAAA